AAACAGCAUCAUUUCCACUUGGAUUCUACAGUUAGCUGGAGAUCAGUUGAAGCUGCCAAUAUGAAAUUGUUAUUGAUCUGUGCCCUCGUUGCCGCUGUGGCCGCUGAUGUCAGCCAUCUGCCAACCAACCAAUAUCUGCCUCCUGGCCAUUCUCACCACGCUGCUGCUUCGGCUCCAGCCCCAGUCCACUAUGAGGCUCCUGCUCAGACCUACCACGCCGCUGCCUCGGCUCCUGCAUUCUCCUACUCUGCUCCAGCUCAGUCCUACUCUGCUCCUGCAGUAGAGUCCUACUCUGCUCCAGCUCAGACCUACACCGCUGCUGCUUCCGCUCCAGUCCAGAGCUACGCCGCUCCAGUCCAGAGCUACGCCGCUCCAGUGCAGACUUACUCUGCUCCAGCUCAGACCUACACCGCCGCUGCCUCCGCUCCAGUCGAGUCCUACUCUGCACCUGCCCAGACCUUCACCGCUGCCGCUUCAGCUCCCGCUGUCUCCUAUUCUCAGCCCGCUGAGAGCUACGAAACCGCUGCCUCUGAGCCAGCUCACACUUUCUCAUCCGCUGAAGGUUACCGUUACAAGACCAACCGUCGCGUGGUCUACCGUCGCCACCGUCGUGAUGUGAGCCAUCUGCCCUCCAACGACUAUCUGCCUCCCUUCCAGGGUGCCGCUUCUGCCCCAACCAGCGAGUACCUGCCCCCAGCAGCUUCUGCCCCAGCUCCAGUCUACUCCUCUGCUCCAGUUGCCGUUGCCGCUUCAGCUCCCGCUGUCUCCUAUGCUCAGCCCGCUGAGUCCUACGAAACCGCUGCCUCUGAGCCAGCACCAGCUCACAGCUACUCCUCCGCCGAAGGAUACCGCUACAAGACCCAGCGUCGUCGCGUCGUCCGCCGCAAGUAUUAAACGGCAAGCAGAUGAGGCUACCCGAAGCAAUCCAGCAAUCUACAAAAUAUUUAGCAAAUGUUUAUAUUAACUACAGUUAACUUUACAAUGUUAGUCUUGAGUAGUUUGCAUGGUAAUUGCCUGGGAACGAAAUAAAUAAACAGUGUCUUAAAAAUAA